AUGACUACUAUUAACACCAAAGUUGCUAUAAUCGGUGCAGGCUGUUCUGGAUUGAAAGCUGCCAAUGAAUUGUUGACUCUUUUGGAUCAAAGGGAUGUUUACGUUGUUGAAGCUCAAGAUAGAAUCGGAGGUCGGUUGUUCACUGAUAGAACUAGCUCUGUUCAUGGAUUGCCCUAUGACUUAGGAGCUGCUUGGUUUCAUGAUUGUCUUGACAACGCUGUAUUGGAUUACAAGUUGGCCCUGGGGAAGUUCGAAGUUCCUAGAGAUGGUUAUUUUGAUGAAAAGGAUAUUGUAGUGUAUGACAGAGAUGGUGUUGUUGAUCUUAAUGGCUUGAAUUUAAACCAAAUCUUACUUGAUGCUGAAAAAUUCAGUGAAAAAUACUACUAUGCUCUGUUAGAUCAUAAGGAUGUUCCAUUAAAAGAGAUUGCUACACGGUACAUUGAAAAGUUUGACAAGUUGCUUACUCCUCAACAGAAGCAUUAUUUGGUCCGUAUGAUCAGAUACUUAGAGUUAUGGCAUGGUAUAAGUUGGGAUGUCAUGAGUGCCAAGUAUGGGAUCUUACAACAUGAAGGCAGAAACUUGUAUAAUAAGGAGGGAUUCGGUCGUUUGCCCGAAGAGUUGGCAAAGGGUGUUGAAAAUAUCUUACUUAGUCAACCAGUUAAGAAGAUUUAUCGUGGUGGUGAUAAAGUUAGAGUUGUUUGUCAAACUGGUUUAACAAUUGAAGCUGAUUAUAUCAUUGUCACUGUACCUCAAAGCGUUCUUGCUUUGGAUAAAGAUGAAGUUGGAGGUAUUGAAUGGAUCCCUAGUUUACCAAAGAAUGUAACUGAAUCUCUUGAAAGUAUCCAUUUUGGUGCUUUAGGUAAAAUCGUUCUUGAAUUUGAUCAAGUCUGGUGGGAUUAUUCUCAAGAUAGAUAUACUAUUUUACCUGAUUACGAUGCUGCUCCAGUUCCUAUUGAAUUCACUCCAGAAAAUCCACCAAUUCCUUUCCAGUUUCCAGCUUAUGCCAUUAACUAUAGUAAAGUCCACGAUUCACCCAACAAACCUUCCUUAGUAUUGUUAACUCAGGCUCCAUUGACUAAUUACUUUGAGAAAUACCCUGAAAAGGCUUGGGAAUAUUAUAAGCCAAUGCUUCAAAAACUCUCUGUCACUGGCAACAGACCUAUUCCUGAUCCCCUUCAAGUCCUCACCACUAGUUGGACUCAAAACCCUUACUUUAGAGGGUCUUAUUCUGCUGUUCACGCAGGUGACGAUGCUGACGGUUGUAUUAUUCAGCUUUCGAAUGAAUUUCCUAAUGUUGGUUUGGGUUUAGACUCUCAUGUUAGAUUUGCUGGCGAACAUACAAUUCUGGAAGGUGCCGGGUGUGUACAUGGUGCAUGGUUAAGUGGUAUGAGAGAAGCCAAGUUUAUCUUAAAGGCUUUUGCUCUGAAGACCUCAAGCAAGUUAUAA